AUAGUGGUGUCUGGGGGGGAUUGAGUACCGCUACCAAAGUUUGCUCUUGAUAGAGUUUUGAAAGGAAACUCCAUUUGAGAGUAGACUAAAGCAAAAAAACUGGAAUAACAGCCAUCUUUUCUCUCUCUCGGUCUCUCCCUCCCACUUUUUCUCCGCAAAAAAAUUAGUCUUUUGUCUCUUCUACACAGACAAUCUUGAAGGACUGCAAAGAAGAUUAGAAGCUCAGGAAGGGAAUAUUGUGAAGAAGGGGAAAAACCAGAGGAAGGGGAAGAUUAAGGAGGGAAAAUGUCUGCUCCCUUGUCUCAUUGGCCAUGGCAGAACUUGGGAUGUUUCAAGUAUAUGCUGUAUGGGCCUCUCCUUGCAAAAGUGCUACAUUCAGGACUCCAUGAAGAUAGCUUCAAGGACAACUGGUGUUUUCACAUUCUUCUCAUUUGUGGGCUUAGAGGAUUUCUUCAUUUAUUGUGGAGCUCUUACAGUAACAUGCCUUUCCUAACCCGGAAUCGCCGGAUUAAUAAAGAAGGGGUGGAUUUUCAUCAGACGGAUCGAGAAUGGGAUUGGGACAAUUUCAUUCUGCUUCAAGCACUUAUCUUGUCCAUGGCUUCUUACAUGUUCCCAUUCCUUCAAAAUCUCCCUAUUUGGAACCCAAAGGGCUUUAUCGCUGUUUUGAUACUCCAUGUUGUAGUUUCAGAACCUGUGUAUUACUGGGUUCACAGAUGUUUUCACACAAAUAGUCUAUUCUCCAAUUACCACUCUUUUCACCAUUCAUCUCCAGUACUCCAGCCGCUAACAGCUGGGCAUGCUACAUUUUUGGAGCAUCUUAUGUUGGUAACAGUGAUUGGAAUUCCAAUACUUGGGUCUUCCAUGAUAGGAUUUGGAUCAAUAACCACAACUUUUGGUUACAUUUUGGUGUUUGAUUUUCUAAGAUGUUUUGGGCAUUGCAAUGUUGAAGUUAUUCCUCAUCGAGUAUUCGAGAUCCUCCCUUUCACUAAAUAUCUUCUCUACUCCCCAACAUACCACAGCCUGCACCAUACAGAUAUGAAGUCUAAUUACUGUCUCUUUAUGCCUCUCUAUGAUGCCUUAUGGAGUACACUCAACGGCGAGUCUUGGGAACUACAUAAGAAAAUGACUUCAGAUUCAGGAAAUAAUGAGAGGGUAGCAGAUUUUGUAUUCCUAGCACAUGUAGUGGAUUUGACAUCGUCAAUACAUGCACCGUUCAUUGUAAGAUCAUUUGCUUCAUUACCGUAUACAACCAGGAUAGUCAUGCUGCCUAUGUUUCCUACUGCCCUCUUGUCUAUGCUGGGGAUGUGGGCAUGGGCUAGGGUCUUCAAAGUCUCAUUUUACAACCUUAGAGGCCGACUCCAUGAGACCUGGACAGUACCCAGAUUUGGUUUUCAGUACUUCUUGCCAUUUGCCUUGGAUGGCAUCAAUAAGCACAUUGAGGAAGCCAUUCUUAGUGCUGAUAGACUUGGUGUUAAGGUCAUUAGCUUGGCUGCGCUGAACAAGAAUGAAGCACUUAAUGGUGGUGGAACACUGUUUGUGAAGAAGCAUCCGGACCUCAAAGUCCGUGUUGUUCAUGGGAAUACCUUAACUGCUGCAGUAAUUCUCAAUGAAAUCCCAAAAGACACCAAAGAAGUGUUCUUAACAGGAGCCACUUCAAAGCUUGGAAGAGCCAUUGCACUCUACCUCUGCCAAAGGAAAGUUAGAGUCCUAAUGCUAACUCAAUCAACAGAGAGAUUCCAGAAAAUUCUAAAGGAAGCUCCUGUGGAUUGUCAAAAUUAUCUAGUCCAGGUUACCAAGUACCAAGCAGCUCAGAACUGUAAGACAUGGAUUGUGGGGAAGUGGAUUACACCAAGAGAGCAAAAUAGGGCUCCAGCAGGUGCACAUUUUCAUCAGUUUGUGGUGCCACCCAUUUUGGCCUUUAGAAGGGACUGCACUUAUGGGGAUCUCGCAGCGAUGAAGCUGCCGGAGGAUGUCCAAGGCCUUGGUUCUUGUGAGUAUACCAUGGACAGAGGAGUAGUUCAUGCAUGCCAUGCAGGAGGUGUGGUUCAUUCAUUAGAAGGUUGGACACACCAUGAAGUUGGAGCGAUAGAUGUCAAUCGAAUUGAUCUGGUUUGGAAUGCUGCACUAAAACAUGGUUUGAAGCCUGUAUCAAGUGCUAGCAAUCAAGAUUCAGCAUCAUUUGGUCAAGAAGGAUUGAGAAGAAUUUGGUCUUGGAGAAGCCUUUAAUUUGUGCUUCAUAUAGGACAGGGAAAAGAAUUUGUUAGCGAAGUUGCAAUUCAACUGAAUUGUUAAUGUAAUUGUGUAACUCUUCAUCUACACCUCAUUGAAGAAGAUAACCUAUCUACUUGUUCUUUACAUAUGCAUCUAGCCAUCUACCAAGUUUUGAAGACCGGGCCGGUCCAACUGUGUACCUGUCAUCUAUCCAGUCUGGUCCAUGGCAUAUAAAUAAGUUUUCUUAAGGGAAUCGUUCAGUUUGGUUGAAUAGGUAAACUUGGACCAGUCUGGUCCAUGACAUAUAAGUUGUGAGACUCUA